GAUACAUUUCUUCACGAGCGACCUCUGUUGAGAUUGGAUACACGUUCUACAAUCCACACUGAAGUAUACUGCUUCUGUAUAUAUAUCCAUAUCCUCUUUAUAUCUAUCUCUCUCUCUCUGAAUUUGAGUUAAAACUACUGAGAGAAAAGGGGAAGGAAGUGAAGAGAAGAUUAUUGCUCUGUGUGUGUGUGAGAGAGAGAGAGAGAGAGAGAGAAAGGGGAAGAAAUAGCGGGAGAUUGACAAAAGAAAAUCUUGGGGUUUAAAAUUUGAUGAAAAUCCGCAGCAGAAUGGGCUGAAAGUGAGGGAAUUCGGUUUCUUGCUUACUCGGUUUCUUGGAUAAUUUGCAUCUUUUAAGGUUGAAAAAAUGUCGAGGCCUCUUCAUCGGGGUUCAUCUGGGGGUGGAGUGCGAAUCUUGGAAAACUGUAAUGAUUUUUGGGAUGACUCUCAGAUGAAAGAGAAAACUGAGAGGGAAGAUUUGGAUCGAAGUCGUACAAAUGGUUCUCAUAAUACAUAUUUAUCAAUCAGAUUCCCUUUUCGGUUUCUCUUCCUCGACAGUUUAUCUUCAAAGCACAGUUUGAGUGACAAUGGUUUUGUACCUGAUCCCUUCAGCCCAGGGACUACGAGGAAUCGGCAUAAAUUGUCACUUGCUUUACUCAAAUUCAGUUUAAUAGUUAUUGUAGUUCUUGCUCUUACUGGAUCCUUCUGGUGGGCGAUUUCCAUAACAUCGUCAGCCAGAGGUCAAAUAUUUCAUGGAUAUAGGCGGCUUCAAGAGCAACUGGUGUCAGAGUUGUAUGAGAUCAGUGAGCUCUCUCAAGGUUCCUCUAGGUUAAGAGACUUGGAAUACUGUUCUCAAGAAUCAGAAAACUAUGUUCCAUGCUUCAAUGUUUCUGAAAAUCUUGCUUCGGGCUUUUCUGAGGGUGAAGAAUACAAUCGCCACUGUGCACAUGGAUCAAGCCAACAUUGCUUGGUUCUUCCGCCCAUGAAUUAUAAGAUUCCCCUUAGGUGGCCUAGCGGAAGAGAUGUCAUCUGGUUUGCCAAUGUUAAUAUUACAGCACAGGAGGUGCUCUCUUCAGGAAGCUUGACCAAGAGGAUGAUGAUGGUAGAUGAAGAUCAGAUCUCCUUCCGUUCAGGAUAUUCGACAUUUGAUGUCGAAGACUACACACAUCAAAUUGCUGAAAUGAUUGGGCUAAGAAAUGAAUCCUACUUUAUACAAGCUGGAGUUCGAACUAUCUUGGAUAUAGAAUGUGGUUAUGGCAGUUUUGGGGCACAUCUGUUUUCAAACAAAUUAUUGACCAUGUGUAUAGCGAACUAUGAGGCUUCUGGCAGUCAGGUUCAACUCACUCUGGAAAGAGGGCUUCCAGCAAUGAUUGGCUCAUUUACUUCAAAGCAAUUACCAUAUCCAUCCCUUUCUUUUGAUAUGAUACAUUGUGCACGAUGCCGCGUUGAGUGGGAUAAAAAAGAUGGCAUAUAUUUUGUUGAAGUUGAUCGGUUGUUGCAGCCUGGUGGAUAUUUUGUCUGGACUGAUCCGCUUACGAAUUCUCAGCGCUCCCUUCGCAAUAAAGAAAACCAGAAAAAAUGGAAUGCAGUGCGUGGGUUUGCUGAAAAUCUCUGUUGGGAAAUGUUGCCACAACAAGAUGAAACUGUGGUGUGGAGGAAGACAAGUAAGAAGAAUUGUUAUUCAGCGAGGAAACCUGGUUCUGGCCCUUCUCUUUGCAGCAAAGGCCAUGACAUUGAGUCCCCAUAUUAUCGACCUCUCGAAGCAUGCAUAGCAGGCACUCAGAGCCGUCGAUGGAUUCCUAUUGAAGACAGGGAAAAAUGGCCUUCCCGGGCUAACUUGAAUUCGAAGGAACUUGCAAUUCAUGGUCUGCAUUCAGAAGCGUUUGCUGAGGAUGCCAUUAACUGGAAGUCAGCAGUCCACAAUUAUUGGUCUCUGCUCUCACCUCUAAUAUUCUCUGAUCAUCCAAAGAGACCAGGCGAUGAGGAUCCUUCUCCACCUUACAACAUGCUGAGAAAUGUCCUAGACAUGAAUGCUCACUUUGGCAGUUUCAAUGCAGCCUUAUUAGAAGCUGGAAAAUCUGUAUGGGUCAUGAACGUGGUUCCUACAAGGGGAACUAACAAUCUACCUUUAAUCCUCGACAGGGGAUUUAUAGGAGUGUUGCAUGACUGGUGUGAACCAUUCCCUUCCUAUCCAAGAACGUAUGAUCUGGUGCAUGGUGAAGGGCUUCUCUCUCUUGAAUUUCGUGAGCAGGCCAGAUGCCAUAUGCAAGACCUAUUCACUGAGGUGGAUCGCUUACUUCGUCCAGAGGGGUGGGUGAUUCUGAGAGACCGCGCUGCUCUUAUUGAGUACGCAAGAUCUCAGACAACAAUUCUGAAAUGGGAUGCACGAGUCGUCGAGAUUGAGGGCAAUAGCCACGAGAAACUCCUAAUCUGCCAGAAACCUUUCUUCAGAAGACAAGCAAGCUAAUUCUCAAGUUGGGCAGGAGCCAAACAUCGUAGUAGAUGAUAAUAUUCCCAUUCUUUCCGAAUCUAAAGUUAUUGUCCUUAAGCUCCACAGAAACGGUGGCUGGCAUAUUUUUUUUUCUUUGAAACAGAAAGAGGCAGCGGGGAGCUGAAAACACGUAUGGUUGGUCAAAACACAACUCCUAUGGAACCGUAAGGUACACAUAGGGACAUGUAAUUACACAGUUGAGGCACAGGCAAGUGAAAGAAGCACAAGUUUCCUUUUGAUGUCUCCUUAUAAAGAAACAACCACAUGAUAAAUUUAAUUGUUAAAAUAUUACACAAUAAGCAAAGUAUUAUCUGAUAUAGUGUAUAGAAUGCUCAGACUUAUAUUUAUUUGGGACCUCUCUCUUUCCCAUUUUCUUGUGUUUCACCUCUGUAUAUUCAUUAUUUUGGGUUAUGCUA